GCGCCAGGGCCGGCGGCGGCGGCGGAGCGCGGCGAGCGGGGGAGGCGCCGCCGGAGCCGCCCCGGGGAGCGGGGCGGCGGCGGCGGCGGGCGCGGAGCCGGAGCCGGAGCCGGAGCCGGAGCCGGAGCCCCUGCGCGGCGGCGGCGGCGGCGGCGGGGCCGCGGCCGGGGCCAUGCGGCGGGCGGCGGCGCUGGUGCUGCUGGCGGCGGCGGCGCUGAGCGGCGGCGGGGCGGCGCGGAGCUGCCCCGCGCAGAGCCUCGGCUGCAAGUGCGCGGCGGAGCGGCCCAAGGCGCCCGGCGGCCCCGCCGCCCCCCGCCGCCGGGUGGUCUGCAGCGGGGGGGCCCUGCCGGCGCCGCCCGAGCCGCGCCUGCUGCCCGACGGCACCGCCACGCUGCUGCUGAGCAACAACAAGAUCACGGUGCUGAAGAACGGCUCUUUCUUCGGACUGCGCGCCCUGGAGAAGCUGGACCUGAAGAACAACCUCAUCAGCACGGUGCAGCCGGGCGCCUUCCUCGGCCUCCCCGAACUGAAGCGGCUGGACCUCUCCAACAACCGCAUCGGCUGCCUGAGCGCCAGCGUCUUCCAGGGGCUCUCCAACCUCGUCAGGCUGAACAUGUCGGGGAACAUUUUCUCCAGCCUCCAGCCAGGCGUCUUUGACGAACUCCCCUCCCUGAAAGUCGUCGACUUCGCCACCGAGUACCUGACGUGCGACUGCAACCUGCGCUGGGUGCUGCCCUGGGCCCGCAACCGCUCGGCGCAGAUCUCGGACAAGACGGUGUGCGUCUACCCCCGGCACGUGCACGCCGCGCCGCUCCGCAGCACGCGGGAGAGCCAGCUGCGCUGCGCGGGCACCCCGGAGCUGCACACCCACCACCUCAUCCCGUCGCUGCGCCAGGUGGUUUUCCAGGGCGACCGGCUGCCCUUCCAGUGCACGGCCACCUACCUGGACAACAGCACCCAGAUCCGCUGGUACCACAACCGGGAGCCGGUGGAGGAGGACGCGCGGACGGGCGUCAUCGUGGAGGAGAGCCUCGUCCACGACUGCACCUUCAUCACCAGCGAGCUCAUCCUCUCCAACAUCCACGUCUCGGCCAACGGCGAGUGGGAGUGCGCCGUCUCCACCUCCCAGGGCAACGUCAGCAAGAAGGUGGAGAUCGUGGUGCUGGAGACCUCCGCGUCCUACUGUCCCGCCGAGCGGGUCACCAACAACCGUGGGGACUUCAGGUGGCCCCGCACCCUGGCAGGCAUCACCGCCUACCAGCCGUGCCUGCAGCACCCCUUCGCCGCGGGGCCGGCGAGCGGGGGCCCGGCCGGGGAGCGGCAGGCGGCCCGGCGCUGCGACCGCGCCGGCCGCUGGGAAGAGGGCGACUACUCGCGCUGCCUCUACACCAACGACAUCACCCGCGUGCUCUACACCUUCGUGCUGAUGCCCAUCAACGCCUCCAACGCCCUGACCCUGGCGCACCAGCUGCGCGUCUACACGGCGGAGGCCGCCAACUUCUCCGACAUGGUUGACGUCCUCUACGUGGCGCAGAUGAUCGAGAAGUUUAUCGGCUACGUGGACCAGAUCAAGCAGCUCACGGAUGUCAUCGUGGAGAUGGCCAGUAACCUCAUGCUGGCGGACGACCACAUCCUGUGGAUGUCGCAGAAGGAGGAGAAGGCCUGCACCAGCAUCGUCCGCUCCCUGGAGAGGAUCGCCCUGCACACGCUCGGCAGCAACUCCCAGCACAUGGCCGUGAACUCGCGAAACAUCGCCUUUGAGGCCUACGUGGUGAAGCCGGAGAGCUACGUGGGGCUGAGCUGCGUGGCUUUCCAGCGGCGGGACGGGGGCCCGGGGGGGCGGCCGCCCCCGGCGGAGCGGGGCGCCGAGCCCGACCAGCAGCUGCGGCUGCGCUGCACCACGGGGCGCCCCAACAUCUCCCUCACCAGCUUCCACCUCAAGAACAGCAUCGCCCUGGCCUCCAUCCAGCUGCCGCCCAGCCUGUUCGCCAGCCCCGCGCCGCCGGCGGACUGCAAGCUCCAGCUGCUGGUCUUCCGCAACGGCAAGCUCUUCUGCAGCACCGGCAACUCCUCCCGCCUGGCCGACGACGGCAAGCGCCGCAGCGUGGCCACGCCGGUCAUCUACGCCGGGACGUAUGGCUGCGGCGUGGGCAACCUGACGGAGCCGGUGGCCGUGUCCCUGCGGCACCCUGGGGAGGGCGCCGACCCCGUGGCCGCGUCCUGGAACUUCGAGGUGCUGGAGGGCAUGGGCGGCUGGAGCGCCGAGGGCUGCCAGCUGGCCGCCCGCGAGCCCAACGUCACCUCCCUGCACUGCCGCCACCUCAGCAACGUGGCCGUGCUCAUGGAGCUGAGCGGGUUCCCCGGCGAGGCGCGGGGCCCCGGCGAGGCGCUGCACCCGGCCAUGUACACCUGCACCGCGGUGCUGCUGCUCUGCCUCUUCACCACCAUCAUCACCUACAUCGUCAACCACGGGGCCAUCCACAUCACGCGGAAGUGCUGGCACAUGCUGCUUAACCUCUGCUUCCACAUCGCCAUGACCUCCGCCGUCUUCGCGGGAGGCAUCACUCUCACCAGCUACCUGAUCGUCUGCCAAGCGGUCGGCAUCAUUUUGCACUACUCCUCCCUGUCCACGCUGCUGUGGAUGGCAGUGAAGGCCAGAGUCCUCUACAAGGAGGUGACCUGGAAGGCGCCCCAGCAGCAGGACGGGGACGCGUCCCAGCCGGCCCCUCGGCCCAUGCUACGGUUCUACCUUAUUGCAGGCGGGAUACCCCUCAUCAUCUGCGGCAUCACAGCGGCCGUUAACAUCCACAACUAUCACGACAACAACCCCUACUGCUGGCUGGUGUGGAGGCCCAGCCUCGGUGCUUUCUACGUCCCCGUGGCCUUCAUCGUGCUCGUUACCUGGAUUUACUUCCUCUGCGCCGGGCUCAACCUCCGGUGCCGAUCGUCGAGCCGGAAAGAUGUCCCCGAGCCGCUCGAGAUGCCGCCGAGGCUGGGAGGCAGCGGGAACCUCUUGACAGACUCCGGGUCCAUCUCGGUGACGCUGAACUCGGGGACUCCCUGCCCCGAGGUGGAUGGCGUCUACUCCCUGCAGGUGCAGCUCUGGGCGCUGGUCACCACGCACUCCUUGUACGUGGCGCUGUGGACGUUUGGAGCCAUGGCCGUAUCGCAGCGCUGGUACCUGAACGUCAUCUUCAGCUGCCUCUACGGAGUCACGGCCGUGGUGCUGGGGCUCUUCAUCUUCAUCCACCACUGCGUGCGGCGGCGGGACGUGCUCAACUCCUGGUUCGGCUGCUGCCCGUCCUACAGGAACGCGUUGCCUAUGCAGGCGUACGUCCACCCCGGCGUGGCGGUGGAGGACGGCUCGCAGGUCUUCAUCGGGUGCAACCCGGAGGCGGCCCACUCCGUCAAGUCCUCCUCCUCGCCCAGCAGCACCAACUCCACCGUGGGCCCCUGCAAGCUCACCAACCUGCAGCUGGCUCAGAGCCAGGCGGACGCCCGCCCGGCCUCUUGCGAGGAGCCCGACAAAACCGCCGGCGCGGCCCGGCACGCCAACAACCUCCCCGGCCGCAGGGCCCACAAGAGCAGACCGAAGCAGUACCGGGAGGGGAAGCACCACCGCCUGAAAAUGCUGCGGGGCCCUGCCUCGGAGCACCCCUCCAGCGAGAGCGGGAGCAUCCACAACAGCCACUCCGAGAGCUACCACAGCAGCAGGAACAGCCCCUUGAACAACAGCCGCGCAGGGCCGCAGGCCGCGGGCCCGCCGGAAGGGGAGACGGCGCCGAGCCAGUCUGAAGGCAGCGAUGGCAGCCGGCAGGCACCGGACUUCGGCAAGGCUCGCCGGAGGAGCGCCAGCAGGGACAACCUCCGGCAGGCCAACGCCGUGGAGAAGGAGACGAAGCGCCGCUCCUACCCGCUCAACGUGGCCAGCCACAACGGGGCACUCAAAGGCAGCAAGUACGACAUCGACCUCGCCAGCGCUGACAGCGCGGCCGGCAUGAAGACCGGCCUGUGGAAGAGCGAAACUACCGUAUAGAGGAUGGGAAAGGACCGGAGAGCCGCAGCGCCGUCGCACGUUCCUCCUCGGGCGGUGGGGCGGCUUGGGAGCGGCGGCUGGAGCUGCUAAGGGCAUCUGCCAGGAGGUCAAGCGCAAUCUUUGCGGAGCCGAGGGCUUCAGAGAGUUGCUAAGUGCACUAGACGGGACCAGGCGACACGGCCCAGAUGCUUUUGCUCGGCUGCCGGGCAGAGGGCGACGCCGGGCCUGAUCCGGCCAGGAGGGGAAGGACGUCGAUGCUUCCCGGGGCACCGUCCACAGCGGCGCUGAGUCUCGAGGUGAAAGGCAAUCUUUGCUCUUCAGCAGCCUGAAUUGCAACAGUACCUUAAUCACUUCUGCAUGUCACUUCAGACUGACCCUAAAUGCUAUUUUAUUAUAUACAGAGGAAACAAAUGUCUAUUUUUCAAAUCUCUAUAUUAUUGUAUGUAUAUAUGUAUAGACAGAUGGGUAACUGAUGCGAGCGCCUCCGCGUUACAUGUCAGUGUUCUUCGAGGAGCGGGCGUGCCCCGGGGAGUUUUGGCAAUAGCUUGUUCGUGCCACGACUGCAAUGUCCCCACCGGGGCCGAGGAGACCAGAACCAGAACCUUGACGUAAAGGUGCCGAAGAGCGGACGCUCGUUUGACCCUAGCCUAAAUAAGCUUUUUCUGAAAGAGUCAGAGAGAAGCUUCUCAGUUUGAAAUGCUUUUAAACGUGAGCAUUUUUAUCCGCAUGUUCUUAAAAGACAAUAUUUAGCCCUGUGGGUUACCGAGCUGCCAAAGUAAAAGCCAUACUUAAAAGCAAGCACAAGGUAAGAGACGCCACCGUCGUGAGCAAAGGCGAUCGUCUGCACUGUUCUCAUGCCAGACGCUAAAAUCCCCGCAAGGAAACGCUCCCUCGUCAGGCCGGUGGCCUCAGAGGCAUCAACUAUGCAAACAGGCCAGCGGACGGGGCGACAGGCUCCCGGGGGGGCCCUGCUGCCCGGGCCGCACGGCGAGCAAAGAUUAACCAUCUCCAAGGAACCAAAGAGUCAAACCGUAGCCAGAAACACAAAAGCAAGUCCUCAGCCUCAGCGUAUUCGGAAACUACCUGCCUUUGCUCUUAGGAAGCCAAAGCACCGAACAGCCCCCGAUUAACGGCCUCGCAGCCCGCCCCACGUAAGGGGGGAGCGCUGCAGGGGUCGGGGCUGUUCCCGGGAAACCGAGGGCCUGGCCUGCCUGAUGACCACAUCCGACAUGUUCCUGCGGACAGUUCAGAUGACAUUUUAAAGGGGUGGGAACUUGGAUUAGCACUUAUUUUCCCCUUUUAAAACACGAGUCCACCUUUUUUCUAGCACACAAAUGAAAACGCAGAUACUCACCCACUCGCUCGCUCAUCCCAGGCGGCAGCAGGCUCUGGGAGCGUCCACGGGCCAAGACUGGCUUAAAGGGGGUUUCCUGAAAAGCGAGACACAGUUAUUUAGCCCGCUGCCAGGCAAGGGGCAGCCCGUACCCAUUUUGCUACAGCUCAAUGCAAUGUGCCUUGCGACGGGGCUCUGCGCUCCCCGUCCCGCUGCAGCCGCGGCAGCCGCCGAGCAGCGAAGGGGCUGGUGGCUGCUGCACGGCCCAGCCGCGACCGCAGUUCACGGGCCGCCAUGGCUGGGGGAGCACGAGGGGAGACGAGGGCCGGCCUUAAAGGCGAGUGCUUCCUCCUUCCUCCUUCCAUCCCCGCGCCCUUUCCAGCCUCGCGGUGCCUGCCUCAGCCGGGGAGCGUGUUUUAGCUGCCCUCCGGCAUUGAGCAGGCAUCUCCCGGCUGCCCUGCCCCUGUCCACCGCAGUCUGAGGCGGGAGAGGAGGCCGGACCGGGAGCCCCAGCCCGGACUGCCCUCAGGCCGAAGCCGUUCCAGCCUCUCCGUGCCUCAGUUUCCCCACGUGUGCCAACUACUUACCUACCUCCCAAGGGGUCGCGAGGAUCGGCAGGGAAUGGAGCAGUGCUAGAAGAUGCAGGUCAAUCCUUAGGGGCACGCCGCGUCCGAUGGGGGGGUCCAGAAGUUCAUGGAGUCAAAAGCACUUACUGACACUUUUCCCACCUGCGGAAACCAACUCCUCUCCCUUCGGAAACCCCGGCGGCCUUGUUGCGGCUCGGCCCGCCCCAGCCUGUUGAAACGUCUCUGACCGACUGACUGCUUAACAACACAUGCUUUAUCGUGCCUUGUAUUUAAUACAAUUUGAAUCGUUACGUCAAUACUGCAGCCUACGUGGUCUUGCUGAUGCUGAGUUGUUAUAUAUGCUUGCUGCACUGUGACAGUAUUAUAUAAAAAGCUUUGUAUUAUUAAUUACACUUUGUUUACAUUACAAGCAAACGACAUAUCAACAGAGAGCUUCUUGCAAUAUACUUGGGGGAGGGAGGGGAAAAUAUGCCAAAGAAAUGUUUUUAAAGGGGUCUUUUGCAUUUUUAUAUGAAUAGAAUGUUUCUAGCAGAUAUGUUUUGUUUAAUAUAUUAAAGAUUUGCAAAUCUGCCAAGA